AGAUCUGAAUAUCUGAAGAUCUGAAAGUUAUCUUUGUCCUAGGUUUGUUUAUAUAAGUGCUCUAUAGCUUUUGUUUCACUCGUUUCAGCCUAAGUAUUUUCGUAAUUGUUAGUCUAGUCCCUUAGGAGUUUUUGUACGCCUUAUAUAAGCCCUCUAUGCAAAUACUUAGUUAGUUGGUGCUCGCAGUUCUCUCCCUUUUAUACACAAAUGAUGAAAAUAUUCCACUUGGUUUUGGUGGUAUUUUGUGUCAUUCUUCCACUGAGUGUUCGGAGCACUGACGAGACGAUUGUGUCAUCUAAAGAUGAAAAAGGCAACAAAGUGUACAUAACGUUUGAAGCUGUUGGCUGCUUUGUUGAUAAAGAACGCCGCGCCCUACGCAAUAUGUACUACGACGGGCGUGCGCUGAUCAAGUGGACCGACCGUUUUGAUGCAACAGAUGUCAUCAAAAGGUGCGCAGAGAACGCCUACCGGCAAGCCUUCCCUGGUAUGUUCGGUGUUCAGUAUUAUGGUGAGUGCUGGAGCGAUGGGUCCGCAGAGGAGCGCUACAACAUGUACGGUGUGUCAACGAACUGCGAGCACGGAUUAGGAAAAGACUGGGCGAAUAUGGUCUAUCGUUAUAAAGUCGUGACAGCUAAACCAGUGUCUAAAUCAUUGUAAUAUAAGGAUUGAAUUAUAGAAGUCCCUGAGGAUAAAUCUUGUUUUGAAAUGGUGUGCCUUAAGAAGAAUUGAAAGAGUAGAAACUUGGAUCUCUUAUCACUAACACCUGUGUUCAGAGCCAGGCUUAUAAACGAUCAUAGAUAGAAUGACCCCUAAGGCAACCGCUUGCGCUUUUGUUUGGAUGUUUUAGAACGAGAACCGGGCUUAUUGUUAUUGUGUCAAGCAGGCUUUGCAUCAUGGAAAAGUGAAAUAGCUAAGUUUCUCUUUAAAAAAGAAAAAAAAAUUUAAAGUUUAAUAAAAUAAGUAUCAGUAA